AUUGAAUAUUGGAUAUUGGAUAUUAAUUGAAGCACCUACCGGUAGGUACCUAAGUAUGUAGGUAGGUAGGUAGGCGAGCGGGAUUUCUUUCCCCAUCCUACUCUUUUCCCCCGUGUCGAUGACGAUGACGAUGACGAGAUGAGACUAGACUACCAGGCUAGGUACCUACUUAGCUGCAGAGUGCAGUCUAUGGACAGGACUAGGCACUUGGUGGCGGGUCUAUUCCGUCCGAACGCGGUCAUUAAUGACAUAUCACCUUUGGGUUUCCUUCAGAUGGUUUCAGAAUCAGGAGGGAGGGAGGAAGAGGGCUGGAUCGGCAUGUGCAGUAUUCUGCAGGAGUGGGAGUGGGAGUGGAUUCUGCUGCUGCUGCUGCUGCUCUUGCUACUGGUGAUGAUGAUGAUGGUGGUGGUGGUGUCACAUUGGUACCAUUGGCGUGUCGACUAAUCUGGCAGACAGCUAGUCAGACCAUGCUUCCUGCUCCACGUUAUGGCGCUGCAUCCCAUCCCAUCCCAAUGAUCCCAUCCCAUCCCACCCCAUUCCAUCUUUCUCCACCAUCUCGAGCCCACA